AUGUAUCUAGAUUUGUCCCGUAGUAGUAAGUGUUCUCGAUUUUUACUCGACGUCGUUAAAAUAUUCGUUUUAGCUUGUACUUCUGUAAAUGUGAGUAAUUUGCUGGUGAACCCUGGAGCUGAAACCGGAUUUCUUUCACCUUGGGCGAUCGUUGGUACGUCAGCGCCCGGUAUUGACAAUGGAACAUUUGAUCCAAACAUUAAACCGCACAGUGGCGGCUAUCAGUUCGGUAGGUUCUCAGUUCAAACAGUAGCACUGACACAAAAUGUCGUCAUUAGUGGCACUCAAAGCAUUACACCUGCCCUCAUUGACUCGUGCAAUUUAGUAGCUCAUAUUUCAUUCUGGGAACAAGGACUCAAUCAAGGUGCGAAUAAUGACGAUGCGCAGGUUAUUUUGGCAUUUCUGGAUGUGAACAACGUCCUUUUGCAAAAUAUUAGCACUCCAGAAGUUGAUUUCAGUGCGGGGGUAUGGGGCCAAUAUUCAAAUGCAUACACCAUACCUGUGGGAACACGAAGUAUCAAUUAUACAAUGAAAUUUAUCCGACAUACUGGGACAGAUUUAGACGCUUUCAUGGAUGACAACGUGCUCACAAUCGUUAAGCAAUAA